GUGCUUUAGUGUUUUUAUUCGAGGUAUUGUAUUGCGUUAUCUAUAAGGCUUUAGCGUAUGACGUGUACCCGUGAGAAUCUCCUCCAUUGCUUCUCCUCCUCGUUGUGCAAAGCGAGUCGGCUGGCCAUGGCCAUCCGAAAUCUCAUGUAAAUCUCAUAUGAACCACUUCUCGAGUUCGGGGAGCUUCGCGCCUCCGAUGGCCGAAAGGUCGCCGUUACCAUCUGUGUCCUCCAGAAUGAUCUCCAGGAAUGCCCGCUCGUAAUGUCCGAGGUGGGUCAGGAAGCCGGGUGCUUGCUUGUGUCUCAUGUAGUUGAAUGCUGGUGAUGCAGUUGCAAGGUUGCCCUUGAUGUGCCCCAGAGCAAUUCCAAAUGCUUUUGUGAAAGCCCACGGCAAGGUUGCAUCGAUGGUUGGGACAUCGAAGCGAUACUGUCCAAUGAGGUCGGUACUCUCGCCACUGAACUCAACUGGAGCAUUGUUGCGAUACGCAUCGAAGAAGAUCAUUCGAUCUGUUUUGUCCAUCGCAUCUUUCGAUGUCGUCCUGAGCUUGUUGUACCAGUUUCUGCACUGCUUCGCUCUUGAAUGUUAUUCUACUAACAUGGCAGUCGUGGUAAAGGCUGCGAUACACCGAGCGCCUGGCCAUGUUCCUGACAACACCGACUCCCGACUGCAAGACUUGCACAUAACGGUCGCAGUAGCGGGAGCGAGGAGCAUCACUUGGGGUCUGGCAUUUGAACUCGCGCAGGCACUCACAGCAGUGAUGAGCGUGCGGUCCAGAACAACCGAACAGCAUCCAUUCUCCAGCACGGGGAUGCCAGUGGCGAUGUCCAAGUUGGUCUGGCGCACUCGCUCAGCCGCAGCGAGCAAGGCUUCACGCAGGUUUUCCCUGCAAAUCCAUGUAUUGAUACAAGUCUCCCAAGCUGGAAGAAGCGGCAACAUUUCGCUGGAAUUGGCCUUCCACUCCAGCUGCUUGCCAAGGUCCUCGACGACUGUUGAUGAAGUGUAGAGCGCGACUUUUGCCUGGUCAAGCAAACGUCUGGACCCGACCAGGGAGUUCCCGCCGUAGUACUGCCGGUCACCAGACUUUGUUUGACCACGGGUUUCGACCUCUGUAGAACCCGACUUCUUGCCCAGGCUCAUAACCGGGAGGCAAAACAUCCUGCGUCACCAUAAUCGUCUAACUUCCCAGAAGCUAGUGAGCCUUCCCCCCUCUCUGGUUGUUCCUGGCGAUCUCGGAAAGAUCUCGCGGCCAGUGAUUGAAGGGGUCACGCUGGUGACACUAGGGUCGACGAUGAAGACGUCCAACUGUGCCGCGGCAAUGAUCGUGUUGCGAAGCUCCUCCCACAGGCGGCG